AUGGCCAACUUUAUCAAUACGAUUUUUUCACCUUUACAUGAUUCACAAAGUCACAGAACUGCCAAAAAUAUCAACACAAAUAUACCAACUGCUGCACCGUCGUCAGCAUCAGCAUCAGCAACAACAACAGCAACUGCAAGCACUACAGUAUCCAACGUUUCAACUUCAAAUUCCACUUCAAAAGUUUUUAUUAAAAAAUCUGGUAGUAAUUCAUCUACGCAGAGUUCUAAUCGUAAAGACAGUUUUGGUUCAAGGGACUCACUUAAUGACAUACUAUCCGAAACUGGUUUGCAAAGUGGAAACGUUGCAGCGCAACGUAAAUCUUUGGAAAAUAAAAAUUUAGAUUUAUCAAACGCACCCGAUGGUAGCGGUAGCAAUCGUUUGUUAGUGAAAAAAUUCGAAACGAAAACAGUGCACUCUUCUAGUAGCAACAUCACCACAAGCAGCACUGCCAUGUCUACAAACAUUUCCACAAGUGAACUUCGCAAGAGUAUAGAAAAUUUAGAUGAGAAAUUAAAGACUCCACCACCUGUACUUACCAAGAAACCAACAAUACCAACUAAGAAAUCCACAACCGUGACAAGUGUUGCUGGCAACCUUUUAUCUGGACUUAAACAAAAAGUUAAAAAUGUUGAAAAUAAACUUACCACAUCAGCCUCGCAUGAUUACGCAGACGGCAUAGCUAGCAGCAGAAUGCAGAGUGGUAGUAGUGGUUUACCUGAUCUUGCACCCAGCGGUAAUGUUGUGAUGCGACGUGCAGCCACUGUUGAUGCAGAUACAGAUUUCGAUCGCGUUGAACGCGCUUCUAUACUAACAGAUAUGCGUGCAGGACGCGUAAAGGCACCAAAACGACGACCACCAUCAGCCGCUAUGAAUAUAGUGGGUGAAAGUAAUAACAAUUCAGUGUAUGUCAAUGGUAGCGGUGGUUCUAGUGGCACAGAACAACACUCCACUGAUGAUGGCAAACCACAAUCAUCAGAUGAUAAUUCAUUAAGUGAAGAACAACAACUAAUCAAACCAAAACCACGUGAAUGGGAGAAGAAAAAAGCACCAUGGAUGGCAGAAUUAAAGGCAUCACAAGUUAAAAAGAAAACAUCACCAAAUAUAGAACCACGCACUAUCGGUACUGAAAGUACUAAUGCAACUGGUAGCACAGUGGCUGAACGUACAUCAAAACUAUUGGGUGAUGAUACAAAAAUCAGUAAUAGUUCUAGUGCAAGUAGUUCAAGUAUAAGUUCGAGUACCACAACUAAAGUGCAAUCAUCUUCUGUAACAUCAAGCGUAAUGCAACAAUCAAUGACUGUUGAAAGUAGUCAACAAAUGCAUAAGAAAGAAUUAAAUACUACAACAACAAUGGAUGCAAUGAGCAAAAGUAUGAGCAAUAAAUUAGCUGCGGAAAUUGCAACAACAACUACAGCAACAACAAAUGAUGAUGUACGUACACGUCCCAAUAGUCUAUCGAUACGUAAUCGUAGUAUAUCACCUUCAGUAAAUAGUACACGAUCAAGUGCUUCGAAGAGUUCAGCCUCACCAGCAACUGUAAAUAUGGCUGAUGGUAAUAGUGAAGCGCCCAAUAAUAGUAAUUCUAUAAUAUCUGCUGUCAGUUCUACAGCGGCUAAAACAACGAUUGUCAAUAAUCAUCAUGCGCAUACAAAUAAUAACGCCGCCUCCACAAGCACAACGACAGUACAUGAGAAUAAUGUGGCCACUGUAAGUGGAAAGUCAAGUCACGAUAGUGCACGUGUGCAAGAGCUUGAAAAACGCGUUGAU